GAGUUGCUACGACGAUCGAACAGUUUGAGCUCAGACUGCUCGGAGUGAGGACGUCGUCGUCAUCGAAAGAUAAUUUGGAACUGCUGCAUCUAGUAUAGGAAGCCAGACAACAACAGUAUUUGUUUAUAUUUCCACAUAGACCGCAUAUAAAUAAAUUAUGAAAUCAGAGGCGUUGCACAAGUUUCUGGCUUUUUGUCCGCUGCUGAUUGCCUGCGCGUGGAGCCAACCAUUGAAUCCAUCUCAACAACAAGCAACGCAUCAACAACUGCCUGCAGUUCAACAACCGGUUAUCUUCAUCAAACAUAAUAUAGGGACUGGAAAUGCCGAGGAUUAUCACAUCACACUACCCUCGAAGGAUCUGAAAGCAGGGGAGCCCUGUCUCACGAUCACUUGGAAGACCAAUCCAGAUGGCACUGGUCCCGCUGAACCUCAGAUCUACAUGGGCGAUGGAUACUUCGGGAUAUUAACAUCACCACCGCGAGGACAACAACGCCAAUAAACAGAAAACCAAAUCAAAUUUA